GCCGUGAGCCGCAUCACACUGCCGAAGUCUGUUCUGGCCUGCUACAGACUAGCCGCGUCCCUCCUACCUACUCCACACACGUUGAAUGUCCUCCUCAUCUCCUCAUCUUGCAAGAAAUCAAAAACCUAUAAAAACAAACAAGCCAAGGUUGCGACUAGACAGCAACAUGGUCUCGUUCGCAUCCCCAGUAUCCUCGGGAUUAGCCACCCCCAGAUCCUACUAUGGCGAUGUCGACGAGUCGCUCCUCCACAACAAUGUCGAAGCAAACCUCCCAUGGGUUAUUCAGAAGUAUGGCGGCACCUCUGUCGGCAAGUCGCUCGACUCGAUCACCCAGAUUGUAGAGUCAUAUCUCAAGACAAAUCGCGUCGCUAUUGUCUGCUCGGCGCGCUCGACCCAGACCAAGGCCCUCGGCACGACCAACCUCCUCCUCCAGGCGUCUCGUGAGGCCCUCGAGCCGUCAAAGUCGCGCCCCGACGCCUCGGGCUACCAGACGCCAUUGUACCCCAAGCGGGUCGGCAGUGGCUUCUUCAGCGGCUCGAUGAUCUCUUCCUUCUCCUCAUUGAAGGACGACACCCCCGCCCGCUCUUCCUCUCCUUCCCCCUUCCACCCCGUUGCUGGCAAGAAGGAGGACAAGAGCAGGUCGCACUCGCCGACCGACUCGUCGGGCCCGACUACCCCGACGGGCUCCGAGCCGCUCGAGCCUCGCUUCCACACGACUGUCGACACGAUCAAGCGGUCACAUCUGGACGCUGCCCGCGCCACGCUCAAGGAGGGCGCAUUGCGCGACGAGCUCGAGGAGGAGAUUGAGCGCGACUGUGAGGUCCUCCGCUCAUUCUUGAAUGCCGCGCACAUCAUCGACGAGAUCUCGCCAAGGUCACAGGAUUCCAUCAUCGGCACCGGUGAGCGACUGGCAUGCAAGAUCGUCGCCGCGGCUUUGAGGGAUCGUGGCGUCGACUCUGAGCUCGUUGUCCUUGACAACAUUGUUGACGCGGCUAUGACCGCUGCGACCGACGCCGCUCUCACUGCCUCUGGAGACCAGGGCGUCGCCCAACUUGGCCAGUCUUUCUACGACGAGCUCGCUGUGAGGCUUGGUGAGAGAUUGAGAGAGUGCGGUCACCGCGUUCCCGUCAUCACCGGAUACUUUGGCGCCGUCCCUGGCUCGCUCCUCGCACAGAUCGGCCGUGGUUACACCGAUCUGUGUGCCGCGCUGUGUGCUGUCGGUGUGGCCGCGUCUGAGCUCCAGGUCUGGAAGGAGGUCGACGGCAUCUUCACUGCCGACCCCCGCAAGGUGCCCACCGCCCGCCUCGUGCCCUCUAUUACGCCCGACGAGGCCGCUGAGCUUACCUACUACGGCUCUGAAGUUAUCCACCCCUUCACCAUGGAGCAGGUCAUCCGCGCAAAGAUCCCCAUUCGCAUCAAGAAUGUUGACAACCCCGGAGGUCCUGGCACCAUCAUUCUCCCCGAUCAGGACUUCCCCGUCGGCCUCAACGUGCCCCCUCCGGCGCACCUCCCGAACGGUUUGCUCGACCGCAUGCCGACGGCCGUUACCAUCAAGGACCAGAUCAUUGUCCUCAACAUCCACUCGAACCGCAAGACCAUCUCGCACGGCUUCCUUGCGCGCAUCUUCGGCACCCUCGACCGCGCUGGUGUCGUCGUCGACCUCAUCUCGACGUCCGAGGUGCACGUCUCGAUGGCGAUGCAGCACUUUUUGAACCCUCGCCGCUUGGAGCGCCUCAUCCGGGACCUCGAGAAGAUUGGCGACAUUACCGUGUCGAACGACAUGGCCAUUCUCUCGCUCGUCGGCCGCAACAUGCGCAACGCCAUUGGUUCGGCCGGCCUCAUGUUCGCCUCGCUCGCCAAGGCCGAGGUCAACAUCGAGAUGAUCUCGCAGGGUGCGAGCGAGAUCAACAUUUCGUGUGUGAUUGAGAACAAGGACGCCAUCAAGGCCUUGAACAUCAUCCACGACUCGUGCCUGGCCGUCCCCGCGGCCCCGGCUACCAACGGCGACGCCAACGGUGGUGCCAAUGGCUACGUCCACUCCAAGGCGCUCACGGUCGACACGGUCAACCCUGCAGUCCUGAACGUCGAGUACGCCGUCCGUGGCGAGCUCAACGCCAAGGCCGAGGUCCUCGCUACCAAGCUCGCCGAGGGAGCAAAGCUGCCCUUUGACCACAUCACCUACGCCAACAUUGGCAACCCGCAGGAGAAGGAGCUCAAGCAGAAGCCCCUCACCUACUGGCGCCAGGUUACCUCGUUGGUCGAGUACCCCGACCUUCUUACCCACCCAUUGGCCAACGAGCUGUUCCCUGCCGACGUGCUCGCCAAGGCGACCGAGCUCAACGCCGAGUUUGGUUCGAUCGGCGCUUACACUGGCUCCAAGGGUUCGCUGCCGAUUCGCCAACGCGUCGCCAAGUUCAUCGAGGCUCGUGAUGGCUUCCCUGCCGACCCCGAGCACAUUUACCUCACUGGCGGUGCCACCCCUGGCGUGUGGAUGAUCCUCGGUCUCGCUCUCCGCCCUGGAGACGCUGCUCUCAUCCCCCGCCCCCAGUACCCAGUGUACACUGCCUGCCUCGCCCACCUGCACGCAGUCCCCGUCUCGUACAGCCUGAAUGAGUCGGAGGGCUGGGCGCUCGACCUCACGUCAUUGAAGAAGGCCAUUGCCCGCGGCCGCAACGACCUGUCGAUCAAGACGCUCAAGGCAUUGGUGGUUAUCAACCCCGGCAACCCCACCGGCUCGUGCCUUUCUGAGGAGAACAUGCGCGAGAUUGUGCAGAUCGCCUACGACGAGUCGCUUCUGCUUCUGGCCGACGAGGUGUACCAGACCAACAUUUACGAGCCCGAGCGCAAGCCGUUCAUCUCGUUCAAGCAGGUCCUGCGCUCGAUGCCCGAGCCGAUUGCGUCGUCGGUCGAGCUCGUCUCUUUCCACUCGAUCUCCAAGGGUGUGAGUGGCGAGUGCGGCCGCCGCGGCGGAUACAUUGAGACUGUCAACCUCGACUCUGGUGUCGAGGAGCUCCUUCUCAAGAUGGCCUCGAUCUCGCUCUGUGCGCCAGUGUCGGGCCAGAUUGGCGUCGACCUGCUCGUCUCGCCUCCCAAGGCUGGCUCGCCAUCAUACGAGCUCUUCCAGAAGGAGUCUCGCGAGAUCCACGAGGGUAUGCGCGACCGCUCGGCAUACAUGCGCGAGCAGUUCAACGCGCUCGAAGGCGUGUCGUGCCAGCCGGCCGAGGGCGCCAUGUACCUCUUCCCGCAGCUCACGCUUCCCCCGCGCGCGAUUGAGGCCGCCAAGAAGGCCGGCAAGGAGGCCGACGUGUUCUACGCCCUCGCUCUGCUCGACGCCACGGGUAUCUGCACCGUCGCCGGCUCGGGCUUUGGCCAGGAGGACGGCACGUACCACCUGCGCGUGACCACACUCGCCCCCAACGUCGAGGACAUGAUGGCACGCAUCACAAAGUUCCACAACGAGUUCUUGUCACAAUAUGCUUGAGCUUGCUUUGGGGGACGACAAACGACGGAAAACGACACAUUUCAAUGUGUUUCGACAUCCAACUGUUGUAACACGUCUUGAUCAUACGGUUAGUGUUUCACGCUCUAUGCGUGGUCGACAUCCAACUGUUGUAGCACGCAUCACACAAAAGUAGUUUCUGGCAGCGCUGCUGCUGCUGGAUAAUCAAACCCAUUAUGCAUUCAUUACCCACGG